AUGUCCUUUGCAUAUCUCUCAGCUAUAUCAAUUUGUUACUUCUUCUUCGGUGGUGCGCUCCUCACAGCGUCUUCCCCCUCGCCUUUUCACCUACUCUACCUCCCAAACUGCAGCUAUGCAAAAUUCAUUCUUUAUCCAGUCCACUAUCUUCUUAAACUCCAUCCAUGAUUUGCUUUUUGAUCCUGCUGAUCACCGUUCUUUGAUUCCUUCUUACUCUCAUUACCCGCUUUCAAGACUCCACUCUUUUCUCCUGGAACGGGACAGUGCCGCAUGGGCUUACCGGGUGGAAGCGAGGGUGCGUUCCACUUAACGCUCACAACGCUCACGACCACGACCGCAAGAUUUUCCGUUCCACUAGCUCGCCAAGCGUCGUGAGUGGUCGCGGACGAAAGUUUAAGUGGAACAGGAUUUGAGCGUUGUAAGCGUAAUUAGGGGUUAUGUUUAAAUAUGGCCGCUAAUAUAAAACAAGCCGCGUUGUUGUUAAUGCGUCGAAGACAAUAUGUAUCUAGUUCUUCAAGUUCUGACGACGAGUGGGAAGCAGUUUGUCUGCAGAGAAGAAAACGAAAAUUUCGUCCGCGAAUUCAAAAUUAUGUUAAUGUUGUUUGUCUUUACACAGAUCAUGAGUUUAAAAGUCAUUUUAGGUUAGUAAUUACAUCAACACUUUUUAAUUUCCAAUUUUUUUAAUUUUUUUAACAUUACUGUAACUUUUUACAUAUUAAAUACAUUAUUAUAUUUUUUAUUAUAUUUAUAUUUUGGAAUAAAAAAAUAAUUUAACUCAUAGUUUGUCUAUUUGCAGAAUGUCAAAAGGUACAUUUGAAUACCUUCUAGGAAUUAUUGGUGAAAAUUUAAAUAGAAAAAUUAAAGGUUGCUUUACAAUCCCUCCUUAUCAACAAUUACUGAUGGCACUUUGGAAGAUGGCGACUAUGGACUCAUACAGAUCGAUUUGUGAUCGGUUUAAUGUCGGAAGAGCUACAGCUCUUAGAGCAGUACGAAGAGUCACUCGUGUUUUGUUCUUGAAAGCCUCAAUGUUUAUUAAGUGGCCCAGUGGAGAUGAUGCUAUUAUUGUAAUGCAAGGUUUUAAAAGAGCUAGUGGGUUUCCAAGAAUUAUCGGAGCUAUUGAUGGAACUCGCAUUCGGAUUAAUGCCCCAAAAGAGAACAGUGCAGAUUAUGUCAACCGUAAAGGAUAUCAUUCUAUCCACUUGCAGUUGGUAUGUGAUCACCAAAACUUAAUAACACAUUGUUAUGCGGGACAUCCUGGUUCUGUUCACGAUCAACGGGUUUUUCGUCAUUCAGAAAUAGCAGAUUAUUUAAAUGAUGCAGAAAAGUUUCUAGUCAACAGUCAUAUUCUAGAUGCAUAUGGGUUACAUGAACAUUUGUUAACUCCCUUUCGAGAUAACGGUCAUUUAACGAAGAGACAAAAAACUAUAACUAUUGCCACUCGGUAGCCAGGACAGCAGUCGAAAGAUGCAUCGGAUUGUUGAAAGGACGAAUGAGAAGUUUAUUAGAUCGCUUGCCAAUGGAAAGAGUCGAUUUGAUGGCAGAAUAUAUUAUUGCUUGUUGCGUAAUACACAACAUUUGCACGUUACAAAAAGAUGACUUACCUAUUAUUACAAUUCCAUCAUCUUCCAAUAAUGCAAAUGUUACUAACAAUACAGCUUAUGGAAAACAAAAUUUAGGCAUUAACAAACGAAUUGUAAUUAUGAAUUCUUUGCAGCGCCGAAUGUAAUGCUAUAUCAUAAUAAAAUGUAAUUUCCAUGUA